AUGGAUGAGAUCAGAAUUGGCUACGUUGAUUGCAGGGGCCAACCCGGGAAAUUCUUUCAGGAACCAGUCGGUACCCCCAAGCGCAUCAAGCCUGCAUUCGAUAUACGGUUUUUCAAGGACGUGUACUAUCUGGAUGGAGAACUUGCCGGUGCCAUCCCAACCUCAAUCGAGCUCGAUAUCAUUGAUCAGCGGACUUUGGUGAUCUGCGGCACAAUGGAGCGCGCAUACCCUAAUGACUCUCGAGUUCCCCCCUCGGAACUAGCAGCGCUUGAAAAUAAGAUGGACGCGGUGCUGCAGCAGAUAUUAGGUGCAAUAAAAAAGGACUGCGAAAAUCCACAAGGCGAGACGGCCGGAAUUGGGGAUGACAUCCUUUCCAGUGAAGAUGCUCAGGCGUCCUCAGACGGACAAAGCGGUACAGAUCUUGAAGUUACGUCGAAAUCAGCUUUUCCGCGAGAGAAAAGUCGCCAGGGCGAGGGGAGUCGACAGAAACCGCGUGUCUACAUAAUCCCGCAACUUCGAGAAGAAGACAAAGGCAAGGGCCCGGCCAAAGGGAUUCUGCGGAAGCCAGGAAACUUCGAUGAGCGGAGAAACUCAUACAAUUACUCUGGUGAACACCCGGAUCCCUCAAAAACCUGGGUCUGGCUGUUGGCUGAACGAAAGGUUGGCCGGUUCUUUCGCUCCUUUCGCUUCAAGAGACCGAUCAACUGGAAUGCCGCGCAAAGCCUCUUUAUGGGAGGUCUUCUUCUCCUGAAGCUUCCGGUGGUUGUGGUGCCGAAGAGACGCGUUCAUUUCGAGCUGGUUUGUGACUAG